AUGUCCGCGUUUGCAAAAACAUUGUCUCCCGCUCUCCGUGAAAUUCGCAUCUUUUGCUGCCAAUCAAGCCAAGCGUCGGCGGGCACGCGGCAAUUCAUCUUGUCUACAUACCCAGUCAUCAAGAAACACAACCCGGACCUUCCUGUCAUGAUACGGGAGGCAAAUGGUACACCCGCGCGGAUGUUUGCACGGUUUGAACGUGGAGUUGAGAAAAACGUUGAGCUGGAUAAUCUCUCAUCAUCUGAUGUGGCUGCUAGUGUUGCUCGGUUAUUGAGCGUCUCCUAG